AUGAUGAGCUCGAACAUGAUGAUUUUCGAGGAGCUGGAACCGCGCGCAGCGAAGAUUCUUGCGAAUCAAAAUAGAGGAUUGACCUUGGCCGUCGUUACAUGGUUGCUGCUAGGCUUUUCCGCCAUAACCUUGUGUGCGCGAUGCUGGUGCAAGUUCAAGCACGCUCGUCAGCUCUAUUACGACGAUGUUAUCAUGCUAAUAGCAUUCCUAAAUGGAAUCGUGUACUCUGUCAUGGUUCAGCUUAAUGUGUCCAAAGGCUAUGGGCAACACAUAGGCUCCCUGAGCCAAGUCGACAUGAUAGAUACUGUUUUGCUCGGCUCCCUAGUCAUGCUCUUCGGCGCGUUGAGCGCAAUGGCGGGUCGAAUAUCCUUUUGUUGCACACUGAUGUUUCUCAUCAAAACAGACCCGCGUAUAAGAACAUGGCAUGUCUAUGUCUGCAUAGUCUUUCAGCUCGCGUUGAAUGUKACUGGUAUCAUCGUCCUUUUCACCCAAUGUGGCAGGACCCUAGAUCACGUAUGGGAAGGAGAGCAAUCGUCAAACUACUACGACUUUUGCUCGAACCCUACAAUGCAGACAUAUUUAAAGUACGCUGUCGGUGCAGGAAAUGCAUCUACAGAUUUGUACUUGGCAAUAUUGCCCGCCAUUCUGAUCAGCCACACCAAGACGUCUUUGAAGGCGAAGCUAGGCAUGGCGAGUCUUCUCUGUCUGAGUGCGUUGGCCUUGGUCGCUGCCAGCGCCAAGACGUACGAAGCAAAGGUUUUGCAGAACAUUACCGACUUCACAUUCACCCUCGUCCCUUACACGCUGUGUACUUCGAUCGAGCUGAACAUCAUCAUAAUAUCAGCAUCAAUACCCCUCUUGAGACCAUUGUUUCGAAGGCAGAAACCACCAAAGGUCUCGCUCAGCGGAAACACAUGGCCCGAAGGUGGACAGAUUUCGCUGGGAUCUCUGCAACCUUCACAAAGCGAAGAGAGCAGCAUGUCAGAAAUCAAGCGGGAGGAUUCAAAGACGAGUCUGGCAAGGAGUCAGAACGAGGGCAUUACAGUGACCACUGUGAUCGACGUAGCCUCCCAUGAACGGAGCGCACCAGUAGUCCACGCAAACCUCAUAGGACUUGUGUCGGACUCGGAUUACAUUAGAUACCCUGACACUACAGGCGACGGGUCUGCGAGGAGACGCCGCUGCUGGUAG